GUCACCAUUGUCGGUCGUUUCCAGUAACAAAGGAAAUUUGUUAAAUUCAACGAAACCAGAAACUACACGCGGCCGGAUCAAUGGCUAAAUCGAUCCGCCAGUUCUUCUUUUGCCUUUUUCUUUUUCCAUGCCAUCACAUUUUUGUUUUAUCUUAUGGCAACCGGCCUAUUAUAAUUGGAGAGCACAGAACUAUAAAAGUGAUCGGUGCUAAAGAUCGUGACAUCUAUUUGACAAGUAACAAAGGUUAUAUUACUGCAAAUGAUGAAGAUAUUGGGGAAAUAUUGGAUUCGGCAGAAUCAGCUUUUGCGUUGUUAAGAAAUAUAAACAAUUAUAAGACGAAUCUAAUUGAACCAAAGCUAAAAGAAAUACAAGAUACAUUUGCAACGCAUCUACAAAAGUUUACAUUUUUUGAAGAACUGUUUGGAUCGCCCGCAAAUAAAAGUAGUUUGGCUGCUAAUACAAGAAUUUUGGCAAAAAGAUAUGAAAGGAUAAUUGAGCGAUUAACGAAAUCUGUUGACGCGAUGAGAAAUAAGUAUUCAAACAUUACUUCCACCCUAUCAAUUAAUGAAUGCAAUUUCAGCCCCUGUAAUAAUGGUGGAACAUGUCUGGAUGGUAUAAAUGGCACGUUCUGCCUUUGUCCAAACAACUGGGAAGGGAAAUUCUGUAAUGCUGAUGUUAAUGAAUGUGAAAAGUUUCAUGGAACUGAUCUUGGAUGUCAAAAUGGAGCGACAUGUAUCAAUUUACCUGGGUCUUAUAGAUGCAACUGUUCUGAUGGUUUUUUUGGAGUGACUUGUACCAAAAAAACGUACAAUUGUACAAAGGAAAAUUCCGCAGCCUUGUGCGGCCACGGCUUUUGUUACAAUCAGGGUGGCAAUAGUACUGGAUUCGUUUGCAAAUGUGAUCAGGGAUGGGGGAAAAAUAGCACUAAGGAAAGUGAUCCAUGCACUGAAGACAUUGAUGAAUGUGCACUUGCUUCUCCGUGCUCUCACGAUCCAUUAGUAGCUUGUGAAAAUACCGUUGGAGGAUACAAGUGCAAAUCAUGCCCUGAGGGAUAUUCUGGAAAUGGGCAUCAAUGUGCUGACAUCAAUGAAUGUGAGAUAAACAAUGGUGGUUGCAGCAUAAAUCCUAAAGUGGAAUGUAUUAACUUAAGGGGAACUAGUAUGUGUCAGGCUUGUCCAUCUGGUUAUUCGGGGGAUGGAAAAACUUGUACAUUUGUACCCAAUUUGUGCUUAGUCAACAAUGGUGGUUGCAACCAAGACGCAACCUGCAUACACAGUACAGGUAUGAGCGAGGUUUUAUGCCGGUGCCCUUUUGGCUAUAUAGGCACUGGAAAAGGAACUAACGGAUGCAUGGAAAAACUGUCAUCUAUUGACAGAUGCUCUUUAAAACCCUGCCAGAAUGGAGGAAGCUGUGUUCCAGCUGCUGACAAGGACGAUUACACGUGCUUCUGCCCUCCAAAAUUCAUAGGGAAAAACUGUAGUGAAACACACGAUUCUUGCUUUACUAGACCAUGCCUAAAUGGAGGCAGCUGUGAAAUUGUGAUGAAAAAUUCUUUCCGAUGCCAUUGUUCACCAGGAUUCUCAGGACAUCAUUGUGAAUUUGAAGAAAAUGAUUGUGUGGAAACAUUCACGACAUUGAAUGGCACGUUGAGUCGGAAAUUAACAUACAGCCAUAACGUUGGUCAGAAACUAUGCAGAUGGACCAUUAAAACAGAGUUUGGCAAAGUUUUGAGUAUCAAAUUUUUGACCCUUAAAUUUCCUGAAAAAUGUCAAGAUAGAAAGGACCCCAUGGUUAAGCUUUAUGAUGGAAUGUUAUUACUUCAUGAAUACUGCGGAACUAUACUUCCAAAACUGUUCACUUCUAGUAACAACAUUGUAGUAAUCGAGGCCGGUGGCUUUCUAGCUGAAGACGUCGAAUUCAGCUUAACAUGGACAACUGUUGAAACGAGCUGCGGAGACCAUUACUUAACCGCAACUAAAGAAGGUGCGACAUUAAAAUCACCUGGAUAUCCUGGGUUGUACCCAAAAAAUUUGAAUUGCGUCUGGGUUAUAAAUGCGGAGUUGGGAAAAAGAAUUAAAUUUACCGUUUACACAUUGGAUAUCAAAAGCGAUGAGAACUGUAACCAAGAUUACUUACAGUUCACAGAGGAUUCGACUCAAGCGGUUCUUGCACGGCUGUGUAAUUCCAACAUCCCACGGCCAAUUGUUUCAUCUUGGCAUAAAGCUUCUGUGCUUUUCUAUACCAACAAUAUACCGUUUUACGAAGGCAAAGGGUUUCAUCUAUUCUACCAGCAGAUUGAUGGGCCUCUCAACAAAGGCAGUACUUUAAAGGACCCCGAAGGAAAUAUUUCAUUUACAAGUUUUGACUUAGAAACUAUGCCAUAUUUUUAUUUCAUGUGGAAAUUGGAUAUGCCAGAAGAUAUAAAAAUUAUUCUUGAAUUUAACAAAUUCUCAAUAGAAAACUGCACUUCCUCAAAACCAGAAAAUCUUGAGGUGUAUGAUGGACCAGAUACAGAUGCACCUCUAAUAGGGCGUUGGUGUGGAAAUAUUUCUGCACUAUCAUUUAAAUCUUCAUCUAAUACUCUUGCAAUCAUUUUUAAAGGAUCCAAUUUAAGUAAUAAAAGUAACUUUGAUAUUGGGUACACAACAGUGUGUGAGAGAGUAAUAAAAGAAGCCAACGGAACCAUCAAAUUUAACUAUUUUCCAUACAAGUUUUUUACUAAAACUUGCUAUUUCACAAUACAGAGUCCACCUGGAUACCGCAUUAUUCUUUAUGUAACAACAGAGCCCAACAAAUUUGUAAAGAUUAAAUCACCUAUGCAGAUAUUUGAUGGGAGUUCUAGUGAAUUUCCUGUCUUAGAAACAUUCGUUAACAGUAUUACAACUAACAAAGUAAUUACGUCUUCUUUAAAUGUUCUUUUUCUAAAAUAUUUUAUUCGUGACUUUCACCAAAAGAGUCCAGUAAUUACGUACACAUCAGUUCCUUUAGAAUGUGGCUAUAUAACAACUAAAUUGCAAGGGAUGAUAAAUCUAAAACAACGUAACCCAAAAACUUGCCUGUUUAUUAUUAUUGCACCUCCAAAUUAUGUCAUUCAUCUGUCGACUUAUUUACAUAACUUCAAUUUGGAUGGAAGCUAUUUAAAAAUUUAUCAAGAUAUUCCUUCAAAUGCAAAAAACAAAUAUAAAAAAUAUAUCAACGAAGGGCCAAAUAUUGUAUCUUCUUCAAACAAAAUAGCGAUUGAAAGUACCCCUUUUACGACGUUUGAAGCAGCUUAUGAAUCAAUCGCUGAAGAUUCAAUCUGUCGCAAAACUUUAAUUACCUCAGUUGGGAGUAUAGUGAGCCCAAAUUAUCCACAAAACUAUCCAAAUGGAUACAAAUGUGACUGGGUUAUAGAUGUUGCUGAAGGAACUAGAAUCAGACUGAUCAUCCAUGAUUUCGCCCUGGAGAAUAGUGAAUCCUGUCGUAACGACUAUUUGAAAAUACGGAAUGGUGGAACCAGAUAUUCACCUGUGAUUGGAAAGUACUGUUCUAAACAAUAUCCCAAAGAAAUUCAUUCUCAAGCAAAUGCUGUAUAUCUGAGCUUUAAAACAAACCAUGCAGUCACCGGGAAAGGAUUCAAACUUUCUUGGGAUCUCUUGUCUUCUGAUUGUGGUGGUCAUUUCAAUUCUUCUUCUGGAGUGAUAGACGUAACAUCUGUCAAAUAUUGUAUGUGGAAAAUAUCUACUUCUGGUGGGAAUUCAAUUCAACUCAAUAUCAUUAACAAAAAUUUGGCCUGUGGAAAUUAUAUCAUUGUACAUGAUAGCAAAGGUGCUAGAAAAACGAUUGGAGUUUGCAAUCUUGAAAAAUGGGACAUCAGUGACAAUAAUAUAGUCAUUGAAUAUCGUGCACAGAUAGGGUUUCACUUUUAUGGGUCAAUGCAGAUUAUUUAUCAAACAGUAUGCAACCGCACAAUUUCUGGGUUUCCUUUUGGUGUAAUUGAAUCUCCCAAUUUUCCUUCAUCAUAUGGUCUUGAGGAAAAUUGUAUGUGGACUUUAGUUGCUCCAUUAGGCAACACAAUUAAAAUGAGAGUAUCACAUUUCACAAUGGAAUACAAGACAACUGGCGUGAACAACUGUUCACAUAACUAUCUUGAAAUAACUGAAGGUACUGAAGACAACCAACCAACAGGGAUGCUACUGAAAAGACACUGCUCAGGAAAUGACAUUCCGUUGAUUGAUUCGCACGUGAACCGUGUGUUUGUCAAUUUUGUCACGUCGUCUGAUAUCGGAAAAAGUGGAUUUCGCAUGGAAUGGGAAGUCUCAGGGUGCGGAGAGGUUUUCAGAAAUAAAGAGUCAGGAGAGAUCGCAUCACCAGGAUAUCCCCAUGCUUACAACAAAUCAAUAGUUUGUGAGUGGUUCAUUUCAGUUCCUCUUUACAAAACUAUUGUUUUUACAAUCGAUGAUAUGAAUUUGGACAAUUAUGAAAAUUGUACGCAUGAUUAUUUGAAAAUUUACGGAGGGAAAAAUGACCAAGCUCAUUUAGUUUCUAAUGUUUGCCAUUCCAAGAUACAAUCUCCCAUUGUUGUCAGUUCUCUGAAUAAUUAUGCUUUUGUACGAUUCAAUGGUACUGCUGUUAAUAGAUUUAAAGGAUUUCAUGCAACAUUCACAACAAAGGAAGGCUGCGUAGCAAUGUAUUCAGCUUCUUCAGGGUCUUUUCAUUCCCUGAACUAUCCAAAUGGCUAUAACAACAUAAGUCGUUGCGAGUACAUAAUAACUACAAGUGAAACAUCAAGAAUCAACCUAACCUUCACAAACUUAAACAUACAAAACUGCAUGUUGAGCUUCAUAGAAAUAUUCGAUUCAGAUAGAAAUCUUGGCCAGUUCUGCUAUGAGGACAAACCACCUUUGAAUUUAGUUUCAACUGGAAAUAAAUUGCGAAUUGUAUAUUUUGCACGUGAAAUCAAGCCCUUAUUUGGAUUCGUCGCAUCUUACACUACAAUUUGCGGUGGAAAAAUCACAACAUAUCAAGGAGGGACUUUGCAAUCUAGAGAAGCAAAUCCAGUUGAUUCAAAAUCAGAUUCUGUCUGUACUUGGACAAUUUAUUCUGAAAAUAACAGAAAGAAAAUUAUUCUAACUUUCACUACCCUCCAUUUAAAAACUUCAACUGAAAUGACAUACAUAAAUAUUUUUGCUGGAGACAACACCUCAUCCACACUGUUGGUCAAGACCCUUCAUGAUAAUGAGUUACCGCCACCAAUUAUUUUAUCAACAAACAAAGUCACAAUUGAAUUUAAAGAAAAACACUAUGCUUAUUUUACUUUGGAUUAUUCUUUUCUUGAUACAGCAUGUGGAGGAAACUUUACUUCUGAUAAAGGCCAAAUAGUUUCACCUAAUUUUCCCGACAAUUAUCCACGUAAUAGUGAAUGCAUCUGGACCAUAAAUGUAAGUCCAGGAAACGAACUUAUCUACCAGUUUUCCAUGAUACAAUUUGAAAAACCAGACUGUAAUGAAGAGUAUAUAGAAAUACGAGAGAACAACUGGGAAGGAAAAUUGCUUGGCUUGUUUUGCAACAAUACACUCCCGGCCAGUUUUCGCAGUAAAACGUCCAUAUGGAUUAUGUUCAAAAGCGCAGAAAAUGGAUCUGGAAAAGGAUUCAAAAUGGAUUAUAUCCUUAAUAAUGAAAUAGUAUUAUACGGAUCUUCGGGAGAGAUCGCAAACCCUCAUAAUCCAAACUUUUAUUCUUCGAGUAAAACAUUUACCUGGAAAAUUAUCACUGAUGAUGACUCAGUAAUACAUUUUGAAAUCAAAAAUUUCAACUUACUUCUCAGCCCUGAUGAAGAUCCGUCUGAAUAUUGUCUGAAGUUUUACAACGGCUUCAGUACAAGCGAUCCUGUUUUAAAAGUCGUUUGUGAGGAGGAACCACAAUUUACUUCAACUACUAAAGUUGUCUUAAUAAGCAUAAAACCACACAAAUCGAGGUUUUUCUUAAGUUGGCAACAACUGGAUAAAAAAUACAAUCCUAAUAUUUCCAAAAAUAAAAGUGGAACCUGUAAUACAAGGAUAUACCUUACAACAAAAAAUAGUACAUACAAGUUUGGUAGAUCAGCUAUGUCUGAACUCAAAUGUGAAUGGAUUUUUGAAACUGACCCACAAAACCAUAUUGUUAUUCGGUUUAAUUCAAUAAAAUUUGAAGGGCCCAGUGGUAGAUGUGAUGCCGACAUAAAUAUAUACAAUUUGGAUGAUGGGGUUGACAGAAAUGACGAAAAAAUCGCCACUUUGUGUCAUGACAGUGACAUCUUGCUUCCAUUCCGUAGUGGCAAGGUAGCCAAAGUGGUUUAUAAAGUAAAAAACUAUUGGGUGUUUGUUAAAGAAGUUGGAUUUUCAGCUACAGCAACAAUUGAAUGUGGUGGGAGACUAACAAGUCCACAAGGAAUUAUUUCGUAUGCUAAGAUUUUGAAUUCACCUACAGCCAAAUUUCAUCAGCCUGUUGCCAGCUGUCAAUGGAACAUCACGGUUAAACAAGGGCAUACAAUAAAAAUACAUUUUAAGAAAAUUGAAUUUUCAGAUCAUUCUUGUUCAAAGAGUCAUUUAAUGAUAAGAAAUGGUGGUUAUUCAGAUUCACCCCUCUUAGGCCAAGGGAAAUAUUGUGAACCAGUAGAAGUUCCAGAGACUAAUAGUAACAGGGCCUAUAUCCUUCUUAACAUAAUAACUUUUGAAGAUGAGUUGGAAAUGGAACUGUCUUACAAGACGGUAUCACAUCGUUGCGGCAAUGAAAACAUUUUAUUGACGGGAGACAACGAUGUGAGCGCAGUAACAAUUAGUUCUCCAAAUUAUCCGAAUGUACCUCCCGCUCAUAUUGAGUGUAAAUGGAUCGUCUUUACGGACCGUGGGAAAAGCAUUAGCUUUCACCUGACUGAAAGAAUUAACAUGGCAUAUGAUAACGAAUGUCAUUUUGAAUACCUAGAGCUUCGUGAAGGCAGCUCAGAACUGGGAACUUUAAUCGGAAGGUACUGCUCGCAACAACCACCUACUAUUCAAACUGAAGGGAAUGCACUGUUCAUAAAAUAUUUUACGGGGAUAGAUAAUCCCAAUGAUGGAUUCACAGCUUCUAUUUCACUAUCAACAUGCGGAGGAACCAUAUUUGAAACAAGUUAUAAAAUUGAUUCUAAUGAAUUAAAGACGCAUAAUAGAAAUUGCACCUGGUUGUUACGAGGGGAACCAGGAGAGUCGUAUAAUUUGGUAUUAUCUGGUCUUAAAAAAGAUAUGCCGUAUUCAAUAAAAAAACAACCUUUGUUCACUAUAAAGAAUGAACUAUAUGAUCAUAACAUGUACUUAUACAGCUCAGACGAUGAAUCAAAGUAUGAACUAGAAAUAAGCAGGUGUCGAAUAACAUACAACAGUGGUGAAGGAAAAAUACCAGAUUUUUCGAUUGAGUUAUCAAAAAAAGUUACAAAAUGCAGACAUAAUCUUCUAUUUAAUGAAGGGUCAAUAGUUUCCCCAGGUUAUACAUUUCAGGGUUGGAAUAUUUAUUGCCAGUGGAAAAUAAAAGGCCAAUUUGGAAAAAAGGUCAAACUUACAUUUUCCGAUUUCAAUCUUCCCAGUAGUAAGAGUGAUCAAAAUUCAGUCAAAUUCUACAAUGUUGAUGGAGAAAUCAUAAAAGUACUGAAUGGUAUUCAACCAAAUGGCACCACGGUGGAAUCAACUUCGAAUAUAAUGUUUAUAUCGUAUACCUGCAAAAGGUGUAGUUUGUACCAUGGAUUCAAAGCUUACUACACAACGUUUGAGCCAGCACCUUGCAGCAAGUACAUAGAAGGUGAAGUUGGGUCAGUUGAGUCUCAACUUGCAUCCUCUGUUCCAUCCUUUGAGUGUUUAUGGCAGUAUACAAAGAAAAAUUCAUCUGGAACAGUUGUUUUCUCAUUCAAUAACACUAUAAAUCCUGAGUAUGAGAAAAACCAUAGAAUUAAAAUAAUUGUGUACACAGGUGAUAUCAAGAUCUUAGCCAGAUCCGACGAUAUUUCCUCAAAAUUCCCAGUCACCGUAUUCGUGCCAUAUAACGAGGCAAAGAUAUUGGUUCAGGGUUCGUACAAAGAAAAUAGCCCACUCGUGGAUGUUAAAUUGAGAAUUUCAUGGAGAUUGAACGCAUGUGGUGGUGUGUUAGAAAAUGAGAAUAAUCUUGUCAUUCCUAGGUUACCAAUUGAACAGCCCUUUCCUUAUGAUUGUGUCUGGGUUUUACAACACAGUCUACAACCUGUAAAGAUUGUGCUCACUGAGUUGCUCUUUGAAGAUAGUUGUGAUGACAAUUAUCUGGAGGUAAGAAACGGUGCGACAGGUAUGGCUGUGUCCCUCGGCAAAUACUGUGGAAAACAAAAUACGCAUACAUUUGGAACGAGUGCCAAGUAUACUUGGGUCCAUUUUUACACGACUGCAAAAAAAUCAAAACAAAUAUUUAACAUUACAGUUUUGCCAUCCAGUGGUGAUUGCGGCGAUCUUAUAGAAGGAGAAAAUGGAACAAUUAUUUCUCCCAACUAUCCAAAUUCAUACAGUAAUAACAGCGAGUGUGAAUGGAUCAUUAUCGUCAAGCGUGACUCUCACAUCGUUGCAAACUUAGUCAAUGGUUUUCAAUUAGAAGAGAGUCCAUUAUGCAAAAAUGAUUUUGUUGAAUUUUUUGAUUAUGUAGACUCACAGUGGGUGUCUUUAGGUAGACAGUGCGGUAGGGGCGUAGGCAUUCAAAAAUCCUCAUCAUCUCAUAAAAUGAAAAUUUUAUUCAGAACAAAUGAAAAUAUUUCUGGUAGAGGAUUUAAGUUGGAAUGGAAAACAUCUUGUGGCGGUUUGCUUUAUGCUCAAUCAGAUGUCGAAUAUAUUACUUCACCUGGAUACCCAGAUAAUUAUUUUAAGAACUUAACUUGUAACUACACCAUUAUCUCUCCUGGCAAUUAUAUAAAAGCUCAUUUUGAAGCCUUUCAUUUACAAGAUGAAACCCAUUUUAUCUGCACAACAGACUACAUCAGAAUUAUUGCUAAUUUAAAAAACAAAAAAAUAAAUAGCAAAUAUUGUGGCCAAAACAUUCCUCCAGAUUUUAUGGCCAAAGAUGCCUUUAAUGUCAUUUUUAAAACAAACAAUGCCAAAGAGUUUCCUGGCUUUUUCUUGCAGUACUACACUUAUGAUUGUGGAGGAAACUUGACAUCACCGAAGAGUUUAACUUUUUCUUCAGAAGCGAAAUGUGAUUGGAACGUAAUAGCUCCAGAUUCAGCUAUUGUCGCUGUUAGGAUUUGGUCCAUGGGUCUAACCGUUUCGUCGGAAUGUUCGAUGGAAUAUAUUAAGAUUUGGGACGGUGGGGUGUCAAGUAAAAACAAAACAAAUCUCGCAACUCUGUGUGGCAAUGUGAAAUCUGAAGUAUUCGAAACAAAAACAAAAGAGGCAGUUAUUGAGCUUGACAAACGCACAAAAAAUAGCACAGUUGGGAUAGAUGUGUUCUUUGUUGAAGCUCCAUCCAGGGCCUGUGGAGGCCCAAUGACACUGGGCAAAAGUUUCAAUCUCACAAUUAAUUCUACACUUCCACUCCAGUGUGAUUGGUACAUCACUGCUCCAAGGGGGAACAUCCUUAUUAAAUACCUGAAUUUCAGCGUUUCUUCACCAAGUGCUUCUCCUAUUUGUAUAGAAAUACACGAUAACCUGAACAGAAAGGAUGAACCACUCAUUGAAACAUGUUCUCCCAUUUAUGACACAACUGUUCAGUCGGUUAUUAGAAUCAUACUACGAGCUAAACCAAACACAAACGCAACAUUGUAUUCUCACAUUACUUCUUUCCACGAUGUGUGUGGAGUCACAUUACUGAACAUAACUGAUCAACCUACAACCCUUACUUCACCAAACUAUCCAGCAGCAUACCCGGCAAAUCUACAUUGCAUUUGGCGGUUAAUAACAAAUUCGAAGAUAAUUCAGAUUCGUAGUAAUAAUGUUGAUAUCGAAGAGACAGAAUUAUGUGAAGCAGACUACUUAGAAAUUGAAGAUGUCGGAAACUCGAAUAUAGAUAAGAAUCCAAAACCGAUUUUCUGUGGAAAUGAAAGCAUUAAUUACUACUCAUCAACUGCGAUUGUGUUAAUCAGUUUUAACAGCAAUUCCGAAGUGUCUAACAGUGGUUUCAACCUCACGAUUAUGUCCAAGUUUUGCAAAGACAACUAUACUAGCCAACAAGGAAGGGUUAACAUUGUGUAUGGAAGCUGCAACAUAGAAAUUUAUACACCACCGAAAACCUUUAUUUCCAUACAUUUUAGGGAAAUUAAUUUGCCCAGCGGUGAUUGUGAUACAUCAUCAAUAACGGUGUUAAGCGGAAAGAACUUGACUGAGCUUAAAAAAAUUUGUGGUCAUAAUGCACCAAAUAUGCCAAUAUUUUCACCUCAUAAUUUUGUCGUCGUACAAACUAAGGUAAAUAAACGUGCGGUACAACAGCCAAUAUUUGACCUCUCUUAUACCUCGACGGAUAAAGGGCAAGGAUGCGGAGGAAAGUUGGUCGGCAGCGCUGGAGCUUUCACCAGUCCAUUUUACCCCGGUAACAUGAAAAAUUUGUCGUGCAAGUGGCUGAUCGAAGUCCCAGUUAAUACUGUACCUCAGAUAACUUUCAAAGCUUUUGGUUUAAGUCUUAAUUCUUGCCAAACUGACUACUUACAACUGUUUGACAUUAUUAACGAAAACCAACAAUUUAGGGUAAAAUAUUGUGGUGAUGAUGAACCGGCAUUGUUUACUGGCCGGACAAACAAAGUUCUUCUCGUUUAUGAAACAACUUUUAAUUAUGGAGGAAUCGGAUUUUCUGCGACUUUUGAAUCCACCAGACCAAUAAAGGAGAAUCUAGUGAAAUUGGUUAUACGUUAAGACUACUUUUAAUUUCAAAAAUGUAUAAUAAAGUCAAUUUAAUUGUA